GAGCCAAGCAACUGACGUAGUUCAACCUUAACCAGCGCACACAUACUGGACUCCCAAAUUCUCGUAUUGCAGCUUCUCUGAAGAGUCCAAAUCUAACAGUUCAGCCGGCCAUCUAGAAUCCGAGUACUCGCCAUCAGCCAUCUGCACCACCGCCACACGAAUGCUGCCGAUAGAUCAUACUCGUACAUGUCAUGUGGAUUCGCCGAGAAAUAUACCACGUCGCCAGUUGCUAGUCGGCACAUCAAACGAGCACAAAUACUGACAACAGGCAUCGGCUCCAUCGACCAAACAGUACGUAAUACGUAGCGAGCAUGGCGUCGAACACCGCAGCCGACGACAACGAGGUGGCGCACGAGUUCGGGCUCGUCCGUGUCUACAAGAGCGGCCGCGUCGUGCGCCCCUUCGUGGCUCCGCCCGCCGCGCCCGGCCUCGACCCCGCCACCGGCGUCGACUCCAAGGACGUCCACCUCGGCGACUACUCCGCCCGCCUCUACCUGCCCCCGUCCGCCGCCACGGCCGCUGCCAAGCUCCCCGUCAUCGUCUACGUCCACGGGGGCGGCUUCGUGGCGGAGUCCGUCGCGUCCCCGAACGGCCACCGCUUCCUCAACAGCCUCGCCGCGGCCUGCCCCGCCCUGGCCGUCUCCGUCGAGUACCGCCUCGCGCCGGAGCACCCGCUCCCGGCGGCCUACGACGACUGCGCCGCCGCGCUCAGGUGGGUGCUCUCGGGCGCCGACCCCUGGGUCGCCGCGCACGGCGACCUGGGCCGCGUCUUCGUCGCCGGGGACAGCGCCGGCGCCAACGCAUGCCACUACCUCGCCAUCCAGCCCGACGCCGCGCGGCUCAAGGGCGCCGUGCUGAUCCACCCCUGGUUCUGGGGCUCCGAAGCCGUCGGCGAGGAGACGCGCCACCCGCUGGCGCGCGCCAUGGGCGGCCGGCUCUGGAUGUUCGCGUGCCCCGGCUCGACCGGCGUCGACGACCCGCGGAUGAACCCGCUGGCGCCCGGCGCGCCGGGGCUCGAGACGCUGGCGUGCGAGAAGGUCAUGGUGUGCACGGCGGAGGGCGACCACCUCAGGUGGCGCGGCCGCGCGUACGCCGAGGCGGUGGCCGCGGCGAGGGGCGGCGACGGGCAGGGUGUCGAGCUGAUGGAGACGGAGGGGGAGGGCCACGUCUUCCACCUCGUCAAGCCCGACUGCGACAAGGCCAAGGAGAUGUUCGACAGAAUCGUCGCCUUCGUCACCGCGCCGUGACGCGCGUGGCCGCUUAUCAGGCCGGCAGCUUUUGUGUGUCGCCAACUGUUGAAAUAAACGUACUCGUACUCUGAUGAUGGAAUAACUUAAAUGAUCUGGUGGUAAAAUGCAAGGACGAAACGGAAUUUUAUCAAAUGUCUGAAGAAUGAUGCGGGUAAUGUACUUGAUGACUAGGGACAAAUCCUGAAUUUGGCCUCUAACUAUUUCCAAACAUCUUUUCACAUCAGAAGUACCCGAUCCAAGUCAAGCUGUUAUAGACAAAGUAACAAAGUAAGUCCAUGUGUUUCAA